UUUUAAUAUAAUUUGAUUCAGUUUAUCAUUUUCAUAACUAUUUUAAUAAUUUUUCAUUAAGAUCUAACUUCGUAAAUAAAAUUAAUUUCAUGUACAUAAUAGUAGUCCAUUUGAUUCGUGAAACCAACUCGAUAAUUUAUUAUAAGUCGGAUUUAAAUGAAAAAGGUCAAGAAAUCCAAGUCUUCUAAGGCAAAACCUCACUCAAAGCCCAAAAAUGCCAAGUUCUCUGACUACGAUGAAGAAAUAUCAGAAGAUGAUAUAAAUAUCGAUGAUUCUCCAUCUAUUAAUACUUUAAAUAAUAUUAAUGGCGUAAAAAGUGGUAAAAAGAAUAAAAAGGGGGAAUGCGAUGAAUUGUGGCAUUAUAUUUAUGAUAAUCAGUCCGAUAGUGAAGAUUCUAAUCAAGAUUUAAUUCAUUCUCAAGAUUCUUCAAAUGCAGAAAACAUAAACGCUUCAGAAGAUAUUGAAAAGGAUGAAAAAAAUGGAGUUUCAUAUGAAAGAUUAGAGGAUAGUGUUGAUAUCUCAGGUAAUUUACUUGAUUUUGACCAGGUUGAGGAAUUAAGUUCUUCAUAUGACUGGAUUACGAAAUCAAAGGAGUCAAAGGAGCAAUACAAGGCUUUGGUGAAGAAAUUCAAGCAAAUUGAUAAAGACGUACCUCAAAUACUAACUGCCGAAUCCCAGUCGAGACUGAAGAGAAUUGAGAGAAGAGCUCAAUAUGAGUCAACGAAACGCUUUUUAACGAAGAAAUGGGCACCAAUAGUUAGAGAAAUUAGGAAAAGUGAAACUAUAGUCUAUGGAUCAGAUUCUCGUUCAGAGCCCACAGUUAGUACAAUUUGUACUAAAUUUACUCCUGAAACUGAGCUUGAGAAGGAACUAAACAGUGUAGGAAAUGAACUAGAAACUAAGAUGGACAAUACAGCACUAGUAAGAGCGAUAAUUGCCAGAGAGCAGAAGAAGAAUAAACGUAUUAAUCGAAUUAAGAGUAAGAGAUGGCAUAAGAGGCAGAAACAAAGAGACUUACAGAUGGCUGCUAAGCUUCUGGGUAAAAUUGAUGAUCCCGAACUUGCAACUGAGAUUAAGAAUACAUUUGAGCGUAAAAGAGCUGAAAAGAGGAUUUUGAGGAAGAAAGAAGCGCAGAGCAAAUGGGCCAAAAUGGCUUUAAGAUAUGGUGGAAAAGAACUCCUACCACUGAUAACAUCACAACAGAAUGAUUUAAAACAACAUUAUGAUUUAAUAGACCAAACUGUUAAAUUAGGUCAUGAAAAUUCUGAUCAAGAGAAAGAUAGUGAUGAUGAAGAGGACAGUGUUGUAGAAGAUGAUGUAGAUGAUGUUAAUAGUAAAUUAAACGUUAUUUUAGAUUCCACAGUGCCAAUACCAAAUAAGGGAUUAUUUAAUUUAACAUUCAUGAAAAAUGCUAUACAAAAUCAAAGAGAACAACUUAACAAUAAUGAAAGUGAUGAUGAAGGUGAUAGUGUUUCAGACGCAGAACAGGAACACCCAGAAGAUAAAUCAGAUGAUGAAUUGGAUUAUAACAUAUUAGUAAAUAAUGAAGGUGUAGAAGUGGAUGAACAAAUUACCAAACUCAAUACCCUUAAAAAGGAUAAGGAUCAAGAAUCCACUGAAUUAGAUGAGAUGUGUAGUAAAGAGAUGGAAGAGGAAGUGAUUGGAAUUCAUUCUAAUGAUCAGUCUGAACUAUUAAAUUUUGAUCAAGAUAAGACCAGUGAAAUGGUCAGAUCAGUCGGAUAUACUCGAGGAGAUUUCAACUCAUUUAUUAAUACCAGUAACACAUCUGAUGAAGCUGUGAAUGCCAUGGAGUUACAUCUUGAAAAAAGUAAACCUAAUGACACUAAAAAAGUUGAUAAAAAUGUGAAUAAAGAUAAGUCCAAUAAAGAAAAGGCUGUAAAGAGUACUCCCAAGGAACUGAAUAAAGAUAAGUGUGUGGAAAGAUUAGGAAAAGAUAAUGAACUUGAUAAUUUGGUAAGUAGUGUAAAAUCCUAUAAUUAA